AUGCGCCUCUCCACUCUUCUCCGGCGAGCCCCCCAGACCUCGUCGUCUCCCCUCGAAGCUCCGGCGGAAUCCCGCCGCCGAUCUCCCCGAUGGGACCUUCUCUCCAGCCGGCUGUUCACCGCCGAUCACCUCCGCCAGCUCCUGUCGGCGGCCGUCGUCGGCGGCCUGCUCUGCCCCGACGCUUCUUCCCUUCCCGCCGGCGGCUGGCCGGUCCGAAACACUGGUCUCUCGAUCCUGAACUCGAUGAUGAAGACGGUUGCCGGCGGCCAGUCGCCGGAGCACGCCGUCGCGCUGUACGACGCCAUGAGGAGGGUGGCCGUCGGCCCCGACGACUACACCUUCACGUUCGCCCUCAAGGCCGCCGCUCGGCUGGGAAUCCCCCGUCGAGGUGAGGCGCUCCACUCCCUCAGCCUGAAGCUAGGGUUUGGGACCAACGCCUUCGUGCAGAACUCCCUUAUUCACAUGUAUUUUGCCUGUUUUGCGGCGGCGAUGGCGCGUCAGGUUUUCGAUUCGAUCCCGCAUUCGGUCCGAGAUGUGAUUUCCUGGAACAGCGUGAUCUCCGGCUACGUGCAGAACGGCCAUUACAGAGAGGCCCUCCAUCUGUUCGGUGAAAUGGCCGGCAGCUCCGUGGCACCGGACGCGACCACAUUCGUGAACGCUCUGAACGCUUGCGGGAGAAGCGGGUCGGCCUUGACCGGACGACGGAUUCACGCGGUGGCCAUAGCCAGCGGCUUUGAUUUGGAUUUCUUCCUCGGUUCCUCUCUCAUUGAUAUGUACGCCAAGUGCGGGCGCACGACCGAUGCUCGGGCGCUGUUCGACACAAUGCCGCAGAGAAACACUGUCUGCUGGACCUCCAUGAUUUCAGGGUAUGCCCACGCCGGCCAGUUCAAGGCAUCGGUGGAGCUCUUCUGGGAGAUGGAGACAGCCAGAGUGAAGCCGGACGAAGCAGUCGUAUCAUCUGUAAUUUCUGCCUGCGGCCAACUGGGUGCUCUCUACCAUGGGAGAUGGGUUCAUGCCUUCUGCGGCACCAGUGGCGUGGGGGAGCGUCUCAAGGUGAAGAACGCUCUGAUCGACAUGUAUUCAAAGUGCGGGGACGUGGAAAGAGCUCUGCAGAUUUUCCAGGAUAUGCUUCGUCCGGAUGUGUUCUCGUGGACGGCAAUAAUCGGUGGGCUCGCCAUGAACGGGCACUCCACCAUGGCCCUGGAUAUGUUCUCACAGAUGGAGAUUUCAGGUGAGGUUGCGCCCAAUGGGAUCACAUUUCUCGCAGUUCUAUCAGCCUGCAGCCAUGGGGGCUUCGUGGAGAGGGGAUUCCACUACUUCAACAAGAUGAUCAGUGUUCAUAAGAUUUCUCCCACAAUUCGGCACUACGGCUGCCUGGUCGAUCUUCUCGGCCGGGGAAAGCUCCUUCGGGAGAUGGAGUCCUUCAUAAGGAAGAUGCCGAUCCGGCCCGACGUGGUCAUUUGGCGGUCACUGCUCUUCGCCUGUAGGAACUGCGGGAACGUAGAGCUGGCAGAGGCGGCUCUUCAGAGGGUCUUAGAAUUGGAGCAUCAGAAAGAGCAUGGAGCUCACGUCAUGCUCUCCAAUGUGUAUGCCACAGCAGAGAGGUGGAAGGAGGUGAACUUGGUGCGGAAAGACAUGGGAAACUUAGGGAUCAUCAAGAAACCAGGCUGCUCUUCCAUUGAGAUCAAUGGAACCGUUCACGAAUUUCUUGUUUCGGAGUCCUCCCACCAUCAUAUGGAUCUGAUCCAUGAGACCCUUCUGGGCUUGAAUGAGCUGAUCUGCUCCGAGGGGCAUAUUUGUGUCCCCACAGCUUGA